GCGUCGAAAGGCAACAGUGUUGUCGUCUCAAUCUUUCGUCGACCGUGUCGCCCAUCCCUCACGUUUGCCCCGUUAGCCUUUGAUUACAUCCUUUACAAGACAAAUGUCAUCUUUUAUCAGCGAUGAUGAGGAAGAAGUCAAUACAAUUAGCAGCAAAGAAGAUUGGGAAAGCCAAAGUAGCAACAACAGACGAGAUUUGGAAGAAAGGCUUCAAGCUUCCAGGCGACCAAACUCAGCAACCGCUCAACAGAGCUUUGGAGGCUCCGAACUAUGGAACUAUAGUCAAGCUGCCCCAGGACAGCGGUCGGGCGCGGUACAAGGGCAAGGUAUACUUCGAAGGCUCAACAACACCAACAACGCCAAACCCAGCGCUCGAAGAGAUGAGUUUCCACUUAGCAAGGAGCAGUUCAAGAGCCUGAGCGACGAUGCCAAGAUCAAAGCCUAUCUUGAACUGAAGAGGGAGUAUUACCGACAACUUCACUCUCUUCCUAACUCACAGUUCGUUGCGCCAGAGCUGGGCAUCGAAGCAAAAGGGUCAUUCGAGUCUGAAAACAGCGGCGUCUGUUCCCUCUUGGACCAGGGUGGUUUUGGUACCGUGUACAGAGCCGUGGACUCCAUUGAUAAGAAAGAGGUUGCGCUAAAAAUCAUCAUGCUUCGAAGCGACAUCGAUGCCAAAGCAGCCAAGAACGAGUGCCGUAUCCACGCACGGCUCCCGAACCAUGACCAAAUAGUCUGCCAUUACUCUUUACGCUUUGUCAGUGUCCUAAAGAAUGGUGGUCGGGAGACGAGUGCGCUCAUCACGAUGGAACUCUGCAAGGAAGGGAGUUUGAAGCGCUAUCUAGAUCCUAAUACCGUCGCCUCCAGCGUUGCUGGCCUUUCCGCUCGCCUUCGGCAAUCUUUUCUUAUCCUCGGUGAUUGCAUGGACGGUCUGGCAGCUAUGCAUGCACUGCGAUACGUUCAUCGGGAUUUGAAACCCGCGAACAUUCUUCUGGUAAAAGAUGGCGCAACCGGCUUUCUACGGGCAAAGCUAGGUGAUUUUGGUCUUAGCGCCGAGGUUGGCACAAAGCCCGUUAGUGGCGGAACUCCGUUCUUCUCGGCACCGGAGCAGUUUCAACGUGAAACAGUCUGUAAAACGUCUGCGGAUGUUUACUCGCUCGGUGCAGUCUUCUUUGUGACAUUCCGGAGUCCAGUGUGCUAGAGCGUCGCAUCGAGAAGGGUGUUUCUGAGCUUGUAACGGCAUGCAAUUGGCCCACUAACACGGCUUGGAAAGAUCGCGUAUUCAAACAAAUCAAGGACAUGACUCAGGCCAAACCUACGCCGCGCCCCACGCUCCAACUAGUCAAGAAGAGAUUGAAGGGCUUCACGGACGGUCUACGAAAUCCGCAUUUCCGCUAAGGCAAGAGUAAGAUAUCGGUGCAGAUCAGAUCGCAAUUUUGGAAAGGACGGAGCAAAUCAAACUACGGCGGGACAACAUCAAAGGACGGAGCACAUGAAACUAUUGCUGGACUGAGUGUCCGGCCGAGUAUAGAUAAGUACGCACAAUACAUAACUAGAAGAAUCUAAAAGUCCCGAUAGCUCCAGCUUCCUGUGAUCCUCGUGCGAAACAGGUGCA